AUGACUGCUAAUGAAACUGUGACUAUGAAUGUGUUUCUCUGCUAUCCACUCCUGCCAAACUCCUGUCCAAAAUUGCAUCGUCUUACUGUUGUUAAAGUGGCAAUGUAUACUUUCUUUGUACUGAUGAUCCUCACAACAGUUUUUGGGAACCUGCUGAUCAUCAUCUCAGUCUCUCACUUCAAACAGCUUCAGUCUCCAACUCAUCUGAUUGUUCAGUCGCUGGCAGCUUGCGAUUGUCUGCUGGGCUCUUUGGUCAUGCCGUACAGCAUGGUGCGAUCUGUUGAAGGCUGCUGGUAUCUGGGAGAUUUUGUGUGUAAAGUUCAUUCUAGUUUAGACAUGAGCUUCUGUAUCUCCUCAUUACUACAUCUCAGUUUAAUAUCUGUUGACAGGUACUGGGCCAUUUGUGACCCUCUGAGGUACAGAAUGAGGGUCUCAAACAACACUGUGACUGUUUUUACUACCUUCAUAUGGCUUUUUUCUUUUGUGUACAGUUCUGGCCAUUGUCGGUGCAUUUAA